AUGAUUGCUUCACAGGCUACCAAUUCUGGAAAGGGUCGCAAUAUCAACUACUCAUCAAUUCCUUUACUUCUCCAUCAAACGUGGAAGACUCGUCGGGCAGACACAUGGCCAGAAGAGCUCUGUGUUGCCGUGGAGAAAUGGCUCAACUACGUCAUCUCCGACAACAUGGCCUAUUUUUUCUGGGAGGAUGAUGGCAUCAAUCGAAUGGUCACGCAGUUCGAGCCUGGAUUCAUGAAGCACUUUACAGCUUUGCCGUCCAAUGUUGAGCGUGCGGAUGUAUUCCGUGUUUUAAUUCUGAAAUGGUUUGGUGGCAUCGUGAGUAAUUCUGGGGAGCUAUCCUUUCAGUGUGGAAUUGGUCUAAUUUUCUCCCAGUAUGCAGAUAUCGAUACUGAACCCCUGCGACAACCUGCAUCUUGGAUUUCGAGCUCUGAUCUUGCUUCUUGGGUCGAUCCGAUCACUAGGUCGGGUUACUCCUUUCAUGAUCCUGUCGGUGUUAUGCUUGGGAUAGAAGCCGAUUGUAAACCUAGUCGAGACGAUUAUUGGCGUAUGGGAUAUAUCUACCCUAUUCAGCUCACGCAAUGGGCCUUAGCGUCCAAGCCGGGUCACGAUGUUCUUUUGCGAUUUAUGAACACUCUCUCAUUACGGCUGGAUGACGUUGCGAGCCGCAACGGUGGAAAUCUUGGUUCCUCGGAGGCGAUCAAGGAGCUCAGACAUAUUGGGCCAGUAUCACUGACGGGACCGGUUGCCGUGACAAAUGCUACUAAAUCCUUGCUCUCGGAACAGGCUGGCUUGCGGUGGAAUUCCUUGACUGGGCUCACCGAUGGUGGUCAAAGUAAGCUGGUGCAGGACGUUCUGAUCCUUCCGAUCACGGCUUUCAGUCCCGGGAGAGGCUGGUACGGUAAUAUGGGUUCUAAGCCUAUUGACGACGAAUCGGCACGAGUCUUGCACCACGCACAAGGUUCGUGGCAUUCAUUUGAUCCACAACUUGAAUUAAACAAAGGCUGUCGAACAUUGUUGGGUCUCUGCAGAGAUUGGUAA